GGGUUGCCGGCGGCCGCCAUCUUGGUUCCCCGGCCUCAGCGGCCGUGAGGCGGUGGGGGGGGAAGGUCCGAGCGGCACCGCGGGGAGCGCAGGGGUGAUGUUGGCUUCCCUGGCGGCCCGCCCGCCUCCGCCGGGGCUGGCGCGGCUCCUCCGGGCGCAGCCGUGGCUGUCGCCGUCCCGGGGACACUACGAGGCUCCGGCGCUAGCGGAGGGGGCCGGGAGCGCCAGGCGGCGGUUGCUAGGUUUGGCCGCUAGGGGGCGCUGCGAGCCCGCGCCGCAGCCAAUGAGCGCGGAGCUGCCGGGGGGGGACCCGGCCCCGGGGGGGCGGCGGGGACUGGGGGGGGCACCCCUGGCAACGGGGCCGGGCCCGGGGGGGACACCUCUAUUAACGGUGGCAGGCCCGGGGGCCCCCCCCACUAUAACAGGGCCAGCCCUGGGGUGCACCCCCAUAGCCGCGGGGAGGUGCCGCAAGCGGGACUCGAACCCACAGAUCCCCGGCCUGGCCUUGUUGCGACCCCCCCGGCUUCUCUGUCCCAUCUCGGGACCACCCGGCGCGGCAGCGGCCCCCGGAGAACCGGGACCACGGCAGCGGUUCUGCCACCGCGGAGGAGAGCCCGGCGGGCGCUGGAGCGGCCCCCUGGUCGCAGCGAUGCCCGCCGGGCUGGCUGCCCUGGCCUACUGCUACCUGCGGGACCAGCGCUCCAAGGAAGAUGCUCUGCUGGAAGCUGCGAAGGUCAACAACGUUUUGGAAGUGAGCAGGCUGUUGGAGGAAGGCGCAGACGUCAACGCCCGGCACAAGCUCGGCUGGACGCCUCUCAUGGUGGCGGCGAUCAGCAGAAACUCCAGUGUGGUGAAGAUCCUGCUUGCAGCGAACGCAGAUCCAAACCUUGGAGACGAAUUCAGCAGCGUGUACGAGACCGCCAAGGAGAAGGGCCUCCAUUCUUUGGAAGUGCUCGUAACCCGGGAGGACGACUUCAACAACCGCUUGAACAUCCGAGCCAACUUCAAGGGCUGCACGGCUCUGCACUACGCGGUCCUGGCUGACGACUACGUGACAGUCAAACUGCUGCUGGAUGGAGGUGCCAACCCCCUGCAGAAGAACGAAAUGGGACACACACCCCUGGAUUACGCCCGCGACGGGGAGGUCAUGAAACUUCUGAGAGCGUCGGAGGCGAAGUUCCAGGAGGAGCAGCGCAGGAGGGAGGUGGAGGAACGCCGGAGAUUUCCCCUGGAACAGCGGCUCAAGGAGCACAUCAUCGGCCAGGAGAGCGCCAUCGCCACCGUGGGAGCAGCGAUUCGGAGGAAGGAAAAUGGCUGGUACGACGAGGAGCACCCACUGGUUUUUCUCUUCUUGGGAUCAUCCGGAAUAGGUAAAACGGAGCUGGCCAAGCAGACAGCCAAGUACAUCCAUAAGGAUGUCAAGAAGGGCUUCAUCAGAUUGGACAUGUCGGAGUUCCAGGAGAGGCACGAGGUCGCCAAGUUCAUCGGCUCCCCGCCGGGCUACGUGGGCCACGAGGAGGGCGGGCAGCUCACCACCAAGCUGCGGCAGUGCCCCAACGCCGUGGUGCUCUUCGACGAGGUUGACAAAGCCCACCCCGACGUCCUCACCAUCAUGCUGCAGCUCUUCGAUGAGGGCAGACUGACGGACGGCAAGGGGAAAACCAUCGACUGCAAGGAUGCCAUCUUCAUCAUGACCUCCAACGUGGCGAGCGAUGAGAUCGCCCAGCAUGCGCUGCAGCUGCGGCAGGAGGCCAUGCAGAUCAGCAAGAAAAGGAUCGCAGAGAACUUAGAGGAUGUCCAGGCGACCGAGAAGAUCACCAUCUCCAAGCAGUUCAAGGAGAAGGUCAUCCGCCCCAUCUUGAAGGCUCACUUCAGACGAGACGAGUUCCUGGGGCGGAUCAACGAAAUUGUCUAUUUUCUCCCUUUUUGCCACUCGGAGCUCAUUCAACUUGUCAACAAGGAGCUGAAUUUUUGGGCCAAGAAGGCCAAGGCGAGACACAACAUCACCCUGCUCUGGGACAGGGAGGUCAUGGACGUGCUGGCCGACGGCUACAACCUGCACUACGGUGCCCGCUCCAUCAAACACGAGGUAGAGCGACGUGUCGUGAACCAGCUGGCAGCCGCCUACGAGCAGGACCUGCUGCCCAGGGGCUGCACCUUGAGGAUCGCGGUGGAGGAUUCGGACAAGCAGCUGCUGAAAACCAAAGACAGCUCUUCCCCCGGGGCGGAGAAGACCAAAAUCCCGACCCUGCGGCUGGAAAUCGUGGAAAAAGACAGCAAAUCCCGAAAACUGGACAUCCAGGCGCCUCUGAACCCGGAAAAUAUCGCUUAUUUCUUAUAGACAGCGACAAGCACGCUCUGCCCUGACAAUAAAGACACCAAGACCUCGGUUUUGCAGUGUGGCCCCGUCAGAGAGGUAGUGGGACAGGGACAGGGACAGGGACAGGGACAGGGACACGGUCAGGCAGGGGCUGCCCCAGGUCCCCACGCUGCAUUCGGAGCUGUGGGUCACAAGGUGCAGCGCUGGUGUUUGGGGACACGUUUGGUGGAGGUUCUGGGGUUUCACUCAUCACAAGAAAAGGUGACGGAGCUUUCUUAACGCGGGGGAAAAGCAGAUUUCAAACCGACCGGGGAGGAUUUGUCAUUCCCCAAAGAGGUGACCAGGGUUGCCAGGUGGGACUGUGACUGGAGGGGACAGGGACCGAGGGUGCGACAGCUUCAUUCUAAAAGCCACCAGACACUCCGUGUUUUGCCCACUUCUUUUAAUUUAUUGCAAUAAACGUGGUGCAGACAA